AUUAAGGGAGGAAAGUAGAAAGUUUGAUCAGGAAGAAUUAAGUUAAAAGAAUGUGUUUGAUAUUGAAGUAGGGAAGUUAUUCUGUUAUUUGAAAGAAACUGGAUUGAUAAAUAGAAUUUAGGGGCAGGAAAUAUUUUAUUAUUUUUAUUAGGACUAUUAUUAGAUGUAUUUAUUUUUUACUCAAGGGAAGGAAAACUCUGGCCCACACUCCAACAUUAGGUGGCGGUAAUGCACCAUAAUGCUGUUUGCCACCCGCCAUUAAACGAAACAAAGAAGAAGAUGAAGUUCAGUUUCAUCGCGCUUUCUGUUGUUAUGUCAGUGUGUCAUGUUUCUAAAAAAAUACAGGUUUUGAAUUAGUUUAGUAAAUACCUGUAAUAUUCUCUUCUUCAUAUUCGUGACUGAGUCUUGAAGCGAGCAGGAAUAUCUGGAGGAGUUUAUCAUCUGAACUGAGAUCUGCUGCUGUGAAGAUGGAGUUUGUGAAAGAGGAGAAAGAAGAGAACACGAGUGAACCAGAAACCUUCACAAUAAAACAAGAGGAACCAGAAACCUGGAGAAUAAAACACGAGGAACCAGAAACCUGCACAAUAAAACAGGAGGAAGCAGAAACCUGGAGAAUAAAACACAAAGAACCAUAUAUAAAACACGAGGAACAAGGAGAGUUCAUUGAAGAAAAAGAGGAAAAGGAAGAAUCAAGUGAAGUUGAGGAGAAAAAUCCUGUCAAAACCGGUGGAAAACCUUUGAUUUGCUCUCAAACUAAACUGAAAGAUUUAAAGAAAAGAAGAGUUAAGAAAUCUUUCACCUGCAAUCAGUGUGGAAAGAGUUUAACAUGUAAAUCAAAUCUCAAGUGUCACAUGACAGUUCAUACUGGAGAGAAACCAUUCACUUGCAAUCAAUGUGGAAAGAGUUUCACAUGUAAAUCAAAUCUCAAGUGUCACAUGAGAGUUCAUACUGGAGAGAAACCAUUCACUUGCGAUCAGUGUGGAAAGAGUUUCACAUGUAAAUCUAAUCUCAAGUAUCACAUGAGAGUUCAUACUGGAGAGAAACCAUUCACUUGCGAUCAAUGCGGGAAGAGUUUCACACAAUCAUCAAACCUUAAGGAUCACAUGAACAUCCACACUGGAGAGAAGCAGUACGCAUGUGAUCAGUGCGGUAAAAUGUUUUUAUGGGCUUCACUUCUGAAGAAACACUUGAAUGUUCAUGCAAAGGAGAAACCACAUUCAUGUAAUUUGUGUGGUAAGAGUUUUUUGCAUCUACAAAGUUUGAAAAUGCAUCAGAAAAUACAUACUGGUGUGAGAGAGUACAUGUGCUUUGGGUGUGAAAAGACUUUUAGUUCAGUGAGCAGUUUAAAACUACAUGAGUGGAUUCACACUGGAGAGAAACCUUACAAGUGUUCACAUUGUGACAAGAGAUUUAGUCAGUCAGAAAAUAUGAAAUCACAUGAGAGGAUCCACACUGGAGAGAAACCUUACAAGUGUUCACACUGUGACAAGAGAUUCAAUCAGUCAGUAGGUCUGAAAAGACAUGAGGUGAUCCACACUGGAGAGAAACCUUAUAAGUGUUCACACUGUGACAAGAGAUUCAGUAACUCAUCAAAUCUGAAAACACAUGAGAGGAUUCACACUGGAGAGAAACCUUAUAAGUGUUCUCACUGUGACAAGAGAUUCAGUGGUUCAUCAAAUCUGAAAAUACAUGAGAGGAUCCACACUGGAGAGAAACCUUACAAGUGUUCACACUGUGACAAGAGAUUCAGUCAGUCAAUAGAGUUGAAAAGACAUGAGGUGAUCCACACUGGAGAGAAACCUUAUAAGUGUUCUCACUGUGACAAGAGAUUCAGUGGUUCAUCAAAUCUGAAAACACAUGAGAAGAUCCACACUGGAGAGAAACCUUACAAGUGUUCACACUGUGACAAGAGAUUCAAUAAUAUAUCAAAUCUGAAAACACACGAGAGGCUUCACACUGGAGUGAAACCUUAUAAGUGUUCACACUGUGACAAGAGAUUCAAUAAUAUAUCAAAUCUGAAAACACACGAGAAGAUCCACACUGGAGAGAAACCUUACAAGUGUUCACACUGUGACAAGAGUUUCAAUAAUAUAUCAAAUCUGAAAACACACGAGAAGAUCCACACUGGAGAGAAAGCACAUAAAAAGCACAAAAACCAAUCCCAGUAAGGCCCCUAACACGCGGAAAUACAUUUAGCUUUAUAUGUAAAUAUUUUGUAUGGUAUAUGUGUUUCGUCCAGACGGAUCCGGCUUUCAGGGCAGUGAAAACGCUAUUAUUUUUAAAACCAGGUCCCAGUGGACAAGUCUGAAAAUGACACCUUUGGGGUUUUGUGUACUGCCAAUCCAUAUAUUUUGUAAAACACUGAUAUCUUCACCCCACGUCUUGACCAUAGUCAAACACCCCUACGUCAUGUAACACCAACAACAAUGGAGGACUACAUGUUUGUGUUCAUGCUACAGAAGCUACUGAGUCUGUGAGCUUGACUAAACUUAGUAGUGGAGCAGCACGAUAUUGGAAAACAACUCACAUUGUGAUAAUUUUUCCCAGCGAUGUAUAUUGCGAUAUGGAAAAGAAAAAAAAAUCACCAGAUGACUUGAACAGCUCUAUUUGGAAAGAAAGAAAGAAAAAUCAAUGACUGGGGUAAUUUUGUAAGUGAAUAAAUUAAGUAAGAAAAAAGCAAAUUACAAUAAUUGAUAGAUAAAAUAGAAAAAGUGCUUUAUAUUCUUCAGCUAAGUCAAACUGUUAACUGUCUGUUACAGUUAAGUCUAAUACGUUACUGCUGCAUUACAUUGCUGACAGAAUGCAGUGUUUAUAAUCUAGAUAUUGUAAAGAGGAUGUAGCACACGCACUGUCAAGUCAAGUGCCAGUGGAUUACAGACCUGCUCCCGCGAGAUCUAACGCAACAGAGAGCGGCACGGGACAAGACUCGUGUGUGUGUGUGUGUGUGUGUGUGUGUGUGUGCAGGGCAGUGGAAAAUAAAAUGAUAUAUUGGACUCCCAAAAAGUAGAAAUAUCUAAACAUAAAAUAUCUAAAACAAAUAAAUAGUUAUUCAUCUAUUGCUCAAAAGCAAAAUUAACUCAUAUAAAAUAUACAUGAUAAACAGGUGCAAGCGUAUGCAGAGCUUAUAUUUAGGCUAUAACAGGGAUUGAUGCGAGAUACUGAUCCAAAAGCACACCUUGUGUUAAAAAAAAGUUUUCUUCCUUUAAUAUUCCUCUAAUAAAGCGAGUUUUUCAUUAUGGUUGUUGUUUUCAUUUAAAAUAAGACACUAUUACCUUAUUUAUUUUACCUUAUUUAUUUUGGUUACAAUAUAAUUUUAUUUAUUAAUUUUGUUAAUAAAAGUAAAAUGCCAAUGGGAAUUUGUACCACUGUACUAUUUUAUUGCUUAUGUGUUUUAAUUAUUGGGCUAACAAUGAACCACAAACUAUAAUUUUAAAGAAAGGUGAAAUCCAAAGUCUUUUAAAUUUUUUUGUGUUACAAUGUGGAUAAAACAUAUUUUCCUUAUUCAUUUUGUCAAUAAAAAUUCAAAGUGUAAAAGAAUUUGUCAUCCCACUGUUUUAGCCUGUUUCGUUAUUAAUAAUAAUAGGCUAAUAAUGAGACACAAACUAAGCAUUCGUUUGAAUUAAUGCUGGGCGGUAUACCGGUUCAAAACCGGUGUAUAUUUUCGUUUAGAAAAUAAAUUUUUAAUAUACCACCAUACUGAUGUGUUUAAUUACUCAACUUUCGGAAUGAAGGUAAUGCUGCGCCGCGGCCGUGCAACACUGUUUAAGACGGACCCUUUACAAUGUUGCACUUCUAAGCAGCAACUGCAAGGAGUGGUGAGGGUAAACUCAGCAGUUCUCUGGUGUUACGUUACGCCUGUUUCACACACAGUCCGUCUGCAGUGCGGUGUUGUGGUCUGUCAGUGCAUUCCAGGAGCGGUGCGUCUGCAGCAGUGCAGCGAUUGUUAACGUACUGAGUCUAUUUUUGCUGUGCUGCACGUGCUGAAUUAAAGUGAAAGCGAAUUGUUCGCGGGAAAAAUGAACAUGGAUUGACAUGGAAAGUUAUUUCACAAUAAAUGUACACUAAUUAAAGCCUACUGUGUUUCACACGCAACAUGGGUUUUUGGCUAGGUUUGAAACCAGAAAAAGAAAACUUUAGAUAAACAAGGAAAACAAUAUAUAUAUAUAUGUUCACUUUUAUGGAAGCGGAAAAACAAAGUUCAUUAAGACCCGUGGGAUUGCUUGUGAUAAAGAUUUAAAUGCAUUUUUUUUUUUACAUGAUAUGAAAUCAAAACUGAACAAAUGUUGUGUUUAUGGACUAAACAGCCGUGGAUCAGUAGCGGACUGCAAACGAGUCCUGUGUGAAAGCACAAUGAGUGUGCUUCGGACUGCAUAUGCAUUGCAGGGGGAGUAUGUGUAAAACAGGCGUUACAGCCAAAAAGAGGAGCAGGGUCUGUUGUUUGGAGGUUUUUAGGUUUCCAAAAAUCCAACGUCGACCAAACAACCAGUGCUGUCUGGCUAAAAUUUUCGCCAAAGGCGGCAACACAAGCAAAUUGCUCCAGCAAGCACGUCUUGGAAUAUCAACCAGUAGAAAAUCCAUUGUACACCUGAUUAUGCGUGACUGUGACUGUGAGUGACUGUGACGGGGCGGAACCAAAAAUGAGGAAGAUUAGUUCCGCCCGGACCAUAUAUCGCAAACACCGCCACUUCCGGAAAUGCCGGCGAACCCAAAUCGGCGUGUUAUUGGGAACGGGUGUCUUGUUGAGCGUGGCGAUCACUGAUUGGGCAAUUCGGUGAAGAGGAGACACAUAAAUAGGGCAUUAGAAACACAGGAAGUGGUUGGUGAUUCCCAGUAGUUAUUGUGGGUGCAACGGAGCGGAGGAGAGAGUUGGAGAGAGAGUGUAUGGUGUACUGUGGAGCUUGGGCAAAGAGAGAUACACACACAGGGCUGAGUAUACGAAUAUCUUUAUUGGAGCAUUGUGUUCAGAUGCAUUGCGUGAUGUGAAGUUAACACACAUUGAAGAUCUGCUAGGAUUGCAGGAAGGAGAUCGUGCUGCCGGUUGUGUCGGAUGUCGGUUAUCUGGAAGAGAAGUGGAAAGAUCCAGUGUUAAUGAAAGUGUGAGUACACUGAAAUAUUCAAUUAAGUCAACAGUUAUUUUGCAAGUGUGGAAUAUCCAUAUACCUCUUGUGAGUUGUGACCAGUGUGAGCAGCCCCACCGUAAUAGGAUUAGUGGGUGAGCCGAAACCAGUGAAAAAGGAGUCUGGUGCCUUGUCGUGGCUGUGACAUUUCCUCUGGCCGUCUGCUGCAUCGGUGCCCCCAACGUCCAGGAACUAAUCCCCUGUCCUAUGUGGUUUUGACCCUAAUUCACUGUGAGUGUGUGGAGUGCAGUGGGUGAGUCAUUUUCUUUGCUGCGUGUACACUUGAAGUCUGCAGUGUCGUGCUGUGUCAUGUCAUCAGUAAUCACCCUCUAGGCUGGGAGAGAAAACCCUGUGGAGAAGAACGUGCACCGGUGUUGUGAGACGACCGUCUUUUAUAUACAUGCCCGCUCGUGGCUUUGGACCCCUACUCUGCCGAAUGGUGAAGUGUCUACAAUAGCAACUAAGGAACAGUGUGCAUAUUGUGGGGGACGACGACUGAGAGAAGUGUUGGCUGCUAUAUGAACAUCCAGCUGUGUAGCCCUUGUGUAUGAAUACCUGUUUGUGGAGUGCUUUCAGAGGUUCGCCCCUGUCUAGAUCUCUGGUCCGUUGUCUGGAAGAGAGGAGAGGGAAGCGUACGAGUCAUUCCUGAGGUACAUACCCGGUGGCACAAACCUACCUGAAGUCACCCAGCGUGGUGGCCCCAGCUGAGGCCGUGGAAGGCCCAACGUGCAGCAACUUCAAUCUGUACUUCUAUCCACUCUUGGUCAAAUACGAGAGGUGGUGUGUCUUUCUCCAUAUAUUCACUGAAGCUAAGUAAAUUUGUGAAGGAACUCUGUCUGUUACCAGUCCUACAGGUCUGAGCUUGAGGCUCUGAGUCGUCGUGGGAGUGUUUCCACGGUUGGAGGUGACCGUGUUGAGUGUUGGUCUGGGAAGUCUGCCCCGGUGAAGAAGACCACAGUUGUCGUGACAUAUAGACCUUCUCUAGACUCCCGAGCUGAAAAGGGCUAAAGCCUGAUGUCCACCGCUUCGAGGGUCUGUGAGUUGUAUCCAUUCAGUAUUGUAAUUGUAUACCCACCUGCAUGCCCAGAGCAAUGCUCCAGUUGCCCCUGUAUGCCCAUCUGUACGCCUCAAGCUAAGAGCCAGCGUAUUGCCCUUGUAUACUUACCUGUAUGCCCAAAGUCAAACUCCAAUUGCCCUUUGUAUACUCUUCUGUACGCCCACAGCUAAGAGCCAGCAUAUUGCCCUUGUAUACUCAUCUGUACACCCAAAGCUAAGAGCCAGCAUAUUGUCCUUGUAUACUUACUUGUAUGCCCAGAGUCAAGCUCUAGUUGCCCUUGUAUACUCACCUGUACGUCCAAAGUAAAGACCCAGUUGUCCUUCUGCAUGCUUACCUGUUUGCCCCGAGUGAAAUACCAGUGCAUCGCCCUUGCAUACUCACCCACAAACUCCAUCCGUAGGGUUUACCUGGACGAAAAUCGAAGUUAAGGAUUGUGUAUCUUUCUUGCAUACUUACCUAUACACCGAAGGCCAAGACCCCAAUAUAUUCACCUGCAUACUUAACUGUGGACCUUUUAGGCGUUUCCAACCGCGGACCCAGAAUCUCGUGGCGAACGGCGUCAGGUACACAUCCCACCCAAUUCAUCAGAAUUACUUACCUUCUCUACUCUGCGUGCAGGGACUGGAAGGGCCCCACCGACGGUUCUCCUGGAGGAGAAACACAAAGGCACUACUGAGAAAAACCCUGUUGAGUCACGUGAAGGAAAGGACACAAAUUACCUACAGGCUUACCUGAGAGUCUCCGAGACAGAGUCAGAAGCGACUCGGACCUAUACUCUCUGGCCCCGAGAGUGGAUUUUAGAUUCCCUUUUCCCUUCCCUUCACACCUUUUAAAUAAUUUAAAUAAAGUUUGUUUUAAUUAUA